ACGUGACACGGGGGGGGGGGGGGGAAUUACUUGCGAGAAUUAUUAACUACUGCUGGUUAAUUGCGAGUCAUUUUCGCAACGUCGGGACGGCGUCGAUGCGGAGCGUGAUGAAGUCCUUCCGCGAGGCCCUCGCGAGCGCCAGCAAUAUCCUGAUCUUGACCGGCAGCGGGAUCUCCGCGGAGUCCGGCGUGCCGACCUUCCGGGGCGCCGGCGGAUUUUGGCGUAAAUACCAGGCGCAGAGCCUCGCGACGCCGGAGGCCUUCGCGGCGAACCCCUCGCUGGUCUGGGAGUUCUACGAGUACCGCAGGCAGCUGGUGAGCAAGGUCGAGCCGAACAAGGCGCACGAGGCCGUGGCGGAGUUUCAGAAGCGCAAGACAGCGGAGGGUAAACGGGUGUCGAUCGUCACGCAAAACAUAGACGGUCUCCAUCAAAAAGCCGGGGCGACGGACGUGCUGGAGCUGCACGGCUCGCUUUACAGAACGCGCUGCACCAAGUGCCGCAACAUUGCCGUUAACGAGAACAUUCCCAUCUGCCCGGCGCUGGCAGGAAAAGGAUCGCCCGAUCCGAGCAUCAUGACUUCUGGUAUCCCAACGGAAGAGCUGCCGCGCUGCGAAGUCGGGGAUUGCGGAGCGUUGCUGCGACCUGAUAUCGUAUGGUUUGGGGAACAGUUGGACGCGCACGUACUGAAGAAGGCCUUUGACAUUGUCGAAACGUGCGACUCUUGCCUGGUCAUCGGAACCUCCGCGAUUGUGUAUCCAGCCGCUAUGUUCGCGCCGCAAGUGGCGCAGCGUAAUGUACCGGUCGCCGAGUUCAACAUAGAGGAAACGCCAGCCACGAGACAAGUGCAAUACCACUUCCAAGGCCCCUCUUCUAUCACUGUGGCAGAAGCAUUGGCGCCUUAGAGUUAGGAACACUCCAAGGCGACUCAAGUAAUCCAACCAUAAUCUUUGCUUGGUUGACAGCGUAUCACUCGGACCCUUCACUUCUACGAUUUU